AUUUGGAAGUGAGCCUGAGCUCGCUCGCUUUUGCGCGCGCAGUCGCGCAGUGCGCUCGGUCGGUGUUUCCUUUUUUUCUUUUUCUGGCUCUUUCGUUUCUGCCGCUUCUGCACGCGGUACGUGGUAGUUAGUACGUGGCAAGCACACACAACGCAGCGGCAGCAGCCGCGUCGAGGCUUUGCAGUGGCAGCGGCGCAGCGCCGGCACGCUGGAGUCGACCGGUGGUUCGUUCGGUGCGUCGUCAGCGGCCCGCUCCUUUCCAAGCAGACGAAUUUUCGGUCCUGGCCGCUUCGCAAGCGCGUCGACCGACGCUAUUUCGAUCUUUUCGUCCGGGGCCCAACCAAGUGAUUCGUGUAUGUUGUUGACAACGCGAGUCUACGUUCAGUGCGCCUUGCGAAUCGACGCCGAUGAGGUUGACCUCAUGAAAGCUGGCCUUCAGACGAUACCCCCUACCCGUGUCUCGUGAAACCAUCAAGCGGCAAAGCAAAGCACAAUGAGAAGAGUGACAAUACCCCAACGAAAGAACCGUUGCCCAUCACCAAGACGGAUGCCCUGGUCUCUUACCAAGAAAAAGAUGACCAAGUCAUUUCCUAGCAAUAUACACGUCUGAGUUGACUCAUCUCUUCGACAGUUCAAGUGCAUCAGACUUGUGGUUGUCUUUAUUUGCCCCUCCUUCGAAAGGCGAGAAUCUCAGUGCCACACAACUUUGGAAACUACCUAUCUACCUCAUCGCGUCGAGCGACAGCUGACUGUUCUUUGGCGUCUCGUUUACCCUCCUCAUCGAAGACCAGAGCGCACGACCACAAGAACGAUCCAUAGCCAAAGGCUUGUUCGGACGGCCGGUCGCCCUGAAAGGCGACGCGGAGCGGCGACACCUGGUGAAUUGCCUCGCGCGUGGAACAGGGUCUGGCUUCUCAGGGAAAAAAAAAAAAAAGUAACUAGCCAGCCCUCCCGCGUGAGAUGAUUCUGCCGUGCGACGUGAGCAGCCAUGUCAGCACCUCCGCGUCUUCGUCCUCGAUGCACCCGUGCGCCAUGCCGUCUUCGCUGACUGUGUCACCUCCGCCCCUCUUCAGCAUGGAUCCGAGCCACCAGUCCCCCGAGCAGCUGAUGGCGCAGUACGCGGCUCACGUGCUGCGGCAGCACCACCAGCAACAGCAGCAGCAGCAGGCCAAGCCAUACAGCCGGCGCACUCCGGCGGCCAAGCCCUACUCGUGCGAGCAGUGUGGCCGCGGCUUCAAGUACCUGCACACGUUGCGCUUCCACAUCAAGACGACGCACGACAGCGCGGCCCCCGCCGUGGAGCCACGCCUUUCGAGGCUCCGCAGGGACGCCCCGCCCGCCUCGGAUGUCGGCUUUGGCUCGGCUGACCGGUCCGACCUCGCGGAUGCCAGGGAAGAAGACCUUUCGGUCCACAGGGGCCCCGAGGGGCCGAGGCCCGAGCCGGACGGGCACCCGGAGUUUCCCCAGGACGUGAGCCCCCAAAGGCCUGCCGCACCGGAGCGGGACCCUGCGACGGCGUCCAUCAAAAAGGAGGCUGCGGAGCAUCAGGACAGCAGCUACGGGACGGCGGCUAAGCUGGAGGACGCGGCCUCCCGCAUGGGCGGCCUGGCAAGGAUGGGUAGCAUGCCGUCACCGCCGCCCCUCCUCGGCGUCGGAGUGGACUCGUGGCGCGGUGUGAAGCUGCAGUCGGAGGUGCCGCUGGCCAUCAAGGUCGACGCUGUGAACCCGCUGACGGAGCAGCAGUACACGCUCUACAAGUGCGGGGUCUGCGGCGAGACCCACCCAGCUCUGCGGGCGCUGUGCGACCACCUGGAGGGCCACGUGCGCGCUGCCAAGGAACACCACUGCGACAAGUGCGGCGCCGUCUUCAAGUGGCGCAGCCAGCUUCUGGUGCACGAGCAGGUGCACCAGGUCAUCGAGGGCAAGGGUGCGGGCCUUUCGCUGCCCCCUGGGAGCCUGCUUGGCACGCUUCCGGAUGCGCUCAUUGGGGAGCCGCGCGUCUCCUUUGACCAGGCACUGCAGCUGCAGCUCGCGGGCCAACAGCUCCUGCCCGGAUUCCUCCAGCACGGGGCGCUGCCGAACCUUGCCAUGGGCCUGCCGCCGCUGAGUCUGGCUGGAACGACGUCGUCCGCGGGACAUCCCCCAUCGCCGUCUCUGGCCGAGUUCUCCUCAGGCCCCGCCACCACGUCGUCUCGCGGCAACGGCUCGACCAAGUCGGCCGGCGGCUCGCUGUCGACCCAGGAGGGAGGAGCGGGCGGUGCGCGCCUGCCCUUCCAGUGCAGCUACUGCAGCAAGUCUUUCGACCGCAUCUUCUCGCUGCAGCGGCACGAGCGCAUUCACACCGGAGUGAAGCCAUGCUACUGCAAGGCGUGCGGCCGCGGGUUCAGCGAGCGACGCAACCUCCGUCAUCACAUCAUUCGCUUCCACUCGGACGUGAGUCAGCGGGACCAGCUGCGGCGGCGGCGGAGGGCCGCGGCCGCUAGGAGCCGCGUUGCCGCCACUGCCGCGUCCGCAAACUGCGCCGGCGCGGGUGCCCACAGUGACGGCGCCUCUGCUGCUAGCGGGACGGGCGGCACCACGCCCCCUGCGCCGAGCUCUCUCAAGCUGGUCUCGUUCCUCAAGAAGACGGCCGUGCGCAUCCUUAACUCGAUGGAGCAGACAAAGGGCGGGGAGGAGGGGGAGGAGAGGCACGCUGAGGAGGAGGAGGAGGAGGACGACGAAGAGGAGGACAUGAUAGACAGGGAGGAGAGAGCAUACCUGAGCAACGGUGGGAAGGGAAACGGGGACGCUGUGGAGGAAGACGAAGACGCGGCGAUGGAAUGCAACGAAGAACGGAGCGGGAGGCUUGACGACUCGACCGUGGUUCUCGGGGCGCGGGGUUCGGAUGGUCCCGUCACAAAGAGGGAGGGGAGGAGGGAAGAGGAGGAGACGGAGGAGGACAACAAGACCAUUAUCUACCCGCUGGAUGUGUCCUCGGCACAAGUGGAGGACAGGAAGAGCGGUGAAGAUGCCCAGUCUCUCGCGCUGUCCUCGUCGCAGGAGUGCGAUGGCGCGGGCGAGGCCAGGAAGCCGGCGGUGGUGACAGGAAACAGGCGCAAGAAGGGGAAGCCGAUGCGGUACGGUCCGGCCGUGGUCGAGGAAGCGGCCGAAGACUGUGCGGCUGACAAGGGUUCGGACGACGCUCCCGACGACGAUGCAACCACCGAGGAAGGGGAUGGGAGCAGAGGGGAGGCGGACGAGGCGCUGAACCCGUACUCCAAGGAGGAGAUGGCGACCUGGAUGCAGCUGGGCAAGCAGCUGGGGAACAAUGCCUCCAGUUGUGAAAACGGGGAUGCCACGAGUCCCGAAGCAAGCAUGAAAGCAUCUCUGCAGGGUCAGGGACCUUUCUAUCCCAGCUUUAAUCCCAGGCCCGACCCGGAAGAAAGGCGGAACGACGACGAAGCGGGCAAGCCCCAGCUGGGCCCGGACGGGAAGUGUGUCUACUCUUGCUCCUAUUGCUACAAGAGCUUUUCUUCCACCUCUGAUCUCAGCAGGCACAUGGACUUGCACGAGGGAGUCCUUCAGCACGCGUGCCACACCUGCGGCCACUACGCCGCAACGAGCUUGGACCUGUCUCGCCACGAGGGCACGCGAGAGCACCUAACGCGGCGACAGAACGCGUGCCAUGUGUGCGGCCGCGGCUUCGAUUCCCGGUCCCUUCUCGACGGCCACGCCUUCGACUGCUGCGCUGGCUCCGACGCGCAGGACUUGUCGAAAUCCAACGUGCAAUACGACGAACGAACGUCGCGGCCCGUCUGCGCCGAGGCCAACAACAACGAUCGCAAGUUUAAGAGCAGAAAUGGGAGGCUGUCGCCCUUGGACGUGCAGCCGGCAACCGCGCACCCGGUGGCGUCGGAGUUGUUACCCGGUGACCUCGGGCAACUCUCGGCGACCUUCUUCCCCCGGAGUGCGUCCGUUGGAGCGCCAUUUUCGGCCAUCCGGAGUCUCGACUCUCCACCCUGAGGUCGUUAUGAACGCGCCGGACAAUGCUUUAAGGUUUGUUCGCUUUUGCGGCAGGGAUAGUGUGCGCCGCGAAGUGGGGUGUGUGUGCUCUCGGAGAAGAAGCGGCUUUCAAACUUCGAAGAAUGCAGUGGUGAAGUGCGCCUUCGUCGUCGCUGUUGCCACCUCGGCUUGUUCGAAAAGUGAUAUUCAUAACGGGUCUCCACACAGACGGACAUUUUGACACACAACACUCACACAAGGAGAAAAGAAAAACAAAACAAAAAAAAAACUGGAAUGAGAAGCAUCUCGUUCGCGACUUUGCGGGCAUGCGUCGAGAUGCCGAACGCUAGGGUGACAUUCCAGACGGAUGACUACGGGAAGCGUUUUUGUUGUGAGUUUGCGCGUGUAGACGAGGGCUGUUUUUGGGUUUUGUGAAGGCACGAAAAAAGAAGAGCCUUUCUUUUGAAUAUACCUCUUGUUAUUUCAUUUGCUUCUCAGGCAAUGGCAGGGAGCUUAGGGUAGUAAACAUGUUGUGCACUAUUUUGCUUUGUCUUUUUUUUUCCUCAUCUUGUUAGAGUUACUUUGUUUGGUGGAUUGAGUGCAGUGAAACAAUAAUUUUCUUUAUUUUCUAGAGAUGUUUUUUCUUUUCCAGAUUCUGACUGCCAGGGAAAGGCAAUAGUGGAUGGUAUUGUCGUCUUCUAGGAAGUUUUUUUCUAGUAGGCUCUUUCUUGUUUUGUUAUCAAAAGCUAAAGCGUGCGAGUAAAAAAGAAAAAUUUGCGUGUCCUAUUUUUUCGUUUGUUGGAGGAUGUUCUUUUGUUCGUUACUUAAUUUUCUCCUUCUACGAGAACUCUGGGAGAUAUUUGCAAUUUUAUUGUCACGUUUUUGCUGCAUCCAGUGCAUUAUGUCAUCCAAGAUGACACUCGGGGAAAUGUGCUUUUCUGUUAUUAUUUUCGUGAAUCUUUUACAUUUUUUCAGCAGUGCUUUUUUGUUUUUCUGCGGCGACCUCACGAAUAAUACGGGUCCUUUCAGGUUUCGCGCCAAUCCGAUCUGAGCACGGGGCACGAAAUUUCGUCCCUCACGGGUAGAAGACAAAACGGGUGUCGCGCUGUGCAAUUUCCUGCAGGCAAUCUCGCGUGCUUGGAAGUUUGAGGUCUGUUUUCGCUGCUGCUUGUUUUGAUUUGCAACGAACUGCGUUGUAUACUUAGCUUCAGAAGGAACAGCCUGUUAUAUUAGAAGAAAAAAAAAAAGCUGUUUUGCAAUAUACAUGGUUGCGCGGAUUGAAGACUUGUUGCGCAAUUGUUAUAAAUGUGCUUUGGCCAAGUACACUGAGAAAAAAUAAGUCAUUGUAAGUGUAUUUUAGUGUCUCUGCAAGGCAAUAAACAUGUCAAAGUAUAUGCUUUA